AUGAACUCUUCAAAUCCAAGAGCUGGAUGGGAGAAGGUUGGGGACCAGUUCUAUCGCAAGAUACAGCUGUACGAGUCAGUCUUCGACCCUGAUCUGGAGCUUGGAGACUAUUUGGUGGCCGGAGCACCUCAUGGUGCUCUAUUCCGCGACGAGGGGAAGAUAACCAGAUAUCGUGGUGCGUCAGUCGCAAGGUCCAGUAUAGACCUUUACUCUUCUGCUGGCAAGCUCAUCAGUCGACUUAACUGGGACAAAGGCUCUAUUAGAGGUCUUGGCUGGUCAGAAGAUGAGCAACUCAUCGUUGUCACCGAGGAUGGGAGUGUUAGAUGCUACUAUGGCCUUCAUGGAGACUUCCAUCCCUUCUCGCUGGGUCAUGGCGCUGAAGCAUCUGGGGUGGUUGAAUGUCGAUUCUGGUCUUCCGGUUUUGUUGCCCUCCUCUCCAACAACAGUCUGGUAUCAGUGUCAUCCUACGACGAGCCCAGGCCGAAGGUGCUAGCUAUGCCGCCUGCUGGAGAGCUUCACGCCUGGUCGUUAAUUCCCCCAGCCUACACUCUCUCUCGCACCGUAGAGGCCUUGCUCGCCAUGGAUCGAACGAUCUAUGUAGUCGACGCCACCGAAUGUGAAGAUCGUGGACUCUCUGAUGGUCCGUUCAAGCAUGUCCGGGUCUCUCCGAAUGGACGCUUCGCAGCACUAUUCACAGAAGAUGGCAAAGUAUGGGUAGUGAGCAGCGACUUUCAAGACAAACUCAGCGACUACGAUUCAAAAGCCAAGACACUUCCGAAACAUGUCGAAUGGUGUGGCAAUGAUUCAGUCAUCCUAGCAUGGGAAGAUGAGAUCCAUAUGGUUGGUCCAAAAGGAGUGGCUGUCAAGUAUUACUAUGAUGGUCAAGUUCAUGUCGUGCCUGACCUUGAUGGCGUUCGAAUACUUACGAAUGAAGUGUGCGAAUUUCUACACAAAGUGCCUGAUGAGACAGAAGAGGUUUUCAAGCUUGGCUCGACAUCUCCUGCAUCGGUCCUGCUGGAUUCGAUUGAGCAACUAGAGAAGAAGUCGCCCAAAGCGGACGAGAACAUUCAAAGAAUUAAGCCUUACCUACCAGAAGCUGUCGAUACUUGCAUUCGAGCUGCAGGACAUGAGUUCAAUGCCCACCUCCAAAAAGAGCUACUCAAGGCCGCCUCUUUUGGCAAAUCGGUACUUGAUUUGUACAGCAGCGAUGAGUUUGUGGAAAUGUGUGAGAGACUGCGAGUCCUAAAUGCUGUCCGCGAUUACCGCAUAGGCCUUCCAAUGUCUUAUGAGCAGUACUCACGGCUCAGUCCUGAGAGAUUGAUCUCGCGCCUUCUCAAUCGCCAUGAAUAUCUCCUUGCUAUUAAAAUAUCAGAAUAUCUGCAUCUUCCAGCGAACAAGAUUUAUGUGCACUGGGCCUGUCAAAAAGUCAAGAUCGCUUCUUCCGACGAUGACGCCAUUUCUAAUCUCAUCGUGUCGAGACUGAAGGGCAAGACCGGAAUCUCAUUCUCAUCCAUAUCACAGGCAGCAUACGAUGAGGGACGAGGACACCUAGCCACCUCGCUCCUCAACUCAGAACCUCGAGCGGGGAAGCAGGUUCCUCUCUUAUUGAACAUGGAAGAAGAUGAGAUCGCUCUCGACAAGGCCAUCGAAUCAGGAGACACCGACCUCGUGUUCUUCGUGUUGCUACAACUCAAAAAGAAGCUACCCCUGGCCAGCUUCUUCCGCACCAUCAACAACAGACCCAUGGCAUCCGCUCUCGUAGAGUCUUCAGCUAGAGCACAAGAUACCGAGUUGCUGAAAGAUAUGUACUAUCAAGACGAUCGACCCGUGGAUGGCGCAGAUCUGCUCUUCGAGGAGGCAAUGCGACAAACUCAUACGAGGACCAAGAUGGACAAGCUUAAGCUCGCUUCGCGACUUCUGACAGAUUCAAGGGAUGCCAAUGCGCAGCUUCACACGAAGAUAUUUAAUGAGACCGCUCAACUGCUGAAGAUGCAGGAAGCUUUCGACAAAGAGAUUGCAAAUACCAAUGGGAGUUUUGUUGGGCUCAGUGUAAAUGAGACGAUGUAUCGCCUGAUCAGGUCAGGGUACGGCAAGCGGGCAGCCAAGGUGCAGAGUGAAUUCAAGGUUACGGAGAAGACAUUUUGGUGGAUCAGGUUAAGAGCCCUGGUCGCUGCUCGGCUUUGGGGAGAGCUCGAGGAGGUGGCCAAGAAUAGAAAGUCACCAAUAGGUUGGGAGCCCUUCUAUAACGAGACUCUUGGAGCCGGCAAUACGCGGCUCGCGUCGAUCUUCAUCCCCAAAUGCACAAACCUCACGGUGCCCGAACGUGUUGAGAUGUGGGUUAAAUGCGGCAUGAUCGUGAAAGCGGGUGAAGAGGCAUUGAAAGCCAAGGAUUUGACCACGCUGCAUGACCUGAGCUCCAAGGCCACUGGUCAGCAGGCGGUGGAGAUCGAGAGGAUGAUCACGCAGCUCAAGCCACGACGGUGA